UCUGACAGAUAUCAGCUGUUUAGUGCGUGUUUGUUCCUGCCAUUGUUAUAGUGUUGAAUAUAUUUAAAUUUGUUUGUUUUACACAAUGCAGGAUGCUACAUAACAUAUUAACCCAAUGAAUUAGAAAAUACAAAGGUGCAAAUAAAUGAAGUCACCUGAAGCUAUGGCAAGUGGGAGAGGAGUGAUCAACCUAAGGUUCAAUCAAGAUCAAGCUCUAGGUAGAUGCUCCAGAUCACUGGAAAAGCCAAGGAGAAUGACCAACACAUAUUAGAAAGAAAAUUAUUACAAUCCACUUUUGGGAAUUUGUUCCUACAUGUAUUUUUGCUGGGAAUGAUAGUUAUAGCAUCUUAAGGCAAUGGAAACAACUUCAUUAAAUAAAGGACUCUGAAACUAAAUAGAUGGUUGCUUUACAUGUUGUAUGGAAAGUGGUUUACGCAUAUAUAAUGUGGAUCCUUUAGUAGAGAAGGCUCAUUUUGAUAUAGAGUUAAUGGGAAGUGUAGCACAUUGUGAGAUGUUACAUCGUACCAACCUUCUUGCCGUCGUAGCUGGUGGUUCCAGACCAAAGUUUGCUGAAAAUACGGUGUUGGUAUAUGAUGACAUUUCCAAAAAAUUUGUUCUGGAGUUCACAUUUACAGCACCUGUUAAAGCAGUGCGACUUCGGCGGGAUAAGUUGGUGGUUGCAUUAAGCCAACAGAUACAUGUUUUCACUUUCCCAUCUCCUGCUCAGAGAUUGUUCACAUUAGAGACACGUGAAAACGUUUUGGGGUUAUGUGAAGUCAGCCCUCUUCAGACUGCUGAACGGCAACUUCUCAUGUUUCCUGGGCACAAAUUGGGCAGUGUGCAAUUAGUGGAUUUGGCGUACACAGAAGCUGGCAUGUCAAGUGCCCCAGUUACAAUCAAUGCUCACCAAGGGGAACUGGCAUGUCUUGCUGUGAAUCAGCAGGGAACCAUGGUAGCAACAGCUUCCAGUAAAGGCACUUUGAUACGGGUGUGGGACACAUCACAGCGAAUUCUGCUGGUAGAGCUAAGAAGGGGGUCUGAUCCAGCGACCCUUUAUUGCAUAAACUUCAGCGUGAGUUCUGACUUCCUGUGUUGCUCAAGUGACAAAGGAACAAUACACAUAUUUGCCCUGAAGGAUACUCGCUUAAAUCGACGAUCCACGUUUUCCAAAAUGGGUGGUAUCUUGGGAAAUUAUGUGGAGUCCCAAUGGGCCUUAGCCAAUUUCACUGUGCCUCCUGAAUGUGCCUGCAUAUGUGCAUUUGGGUCAAGAAAUGCUGUAAUAGCCAUUUGUCUGGAUGGAACCUUCCAAAAAUACGUGUUUAGUCAAGAUGGAAACUGCAACAGAGAGUCGUUUGAUGUGUACCUUGAUGUUUGUGAUGAUGAUGAACACUGAGGAGUUUGUGCCAGAAACUGUACUUAACACAUACUAGAGAACACUGUUAAUGUGGUGACAACCACUGAAUGUGUGGUGGAGAGUUUGUCACCUGCGUCACCAUCAGAGAUGACUGCCCAUCGCUCAUAUUUUCCAGAGCAUUUACACCAGUGGAAAAACAUGGCCUGCUAGUUGAAUGGAUGUUUUAAAUAUUCUGCUUGAAUUGUUUAUACCAGUUUAGACUUGAUAUUUUGUACUCAAAUUCUUUUAUAGGAAAUCUUGAAAUUCCAUGCUUGUUCCAGAGGCAGUGGUGCAAGCACCAUGAUAAAUCUUUUUAUCAAGUCCACUAAAAUGUUCAUAAUUUGUGUCCUAGAGAAGUAUAUUACAUCCUUUUUUUUUAAUUUCAGUUUUGCAAUUAUAAUUUGUAUUGUAGUUCAGAUGUGUACCUCAGAAGAAAAAAAUAAAAUAUUUUGCCAGUCACUUUAUAUUAGUCUUCCAUUGUCCUAGUUUAUUGUCAUCAUUUGGAUGUACUGUUCUCUUAGCAGCUUCUAAUCCAGUGAGGAAUAACAUUAAAUCAUGCAGACUGUUGUCUGUGAUGAGCAGAGGAUAUUGCUCAUACUGCUGUACAUCUAAAAAUCUUUGAACGCAUACCAGUUUGGAGACUCAUCCUUCAACCCAAAGGCCAUGUUAAAACAUUAAAUAUUAUUGGGGUGAUUUGAUAAUUUCUAUCUUUAGUCUUCAUUAGGGAUUCCAUAGUCUGUUAACCAAAAUACAUGUUUGUUGAACUUUUUGAGGCUGGUUUCUGGAAAAAUAUAUCUGUACGCCAAACACAUCUGAAAUGUAAACUAUAUAUGUGCAAUAAAUAAUAACUAGAAAGAAAACUAUCAUGUUGCAUUUGAAUUUAACUGAAAGAAAACAUGAGAAUUAUAGAUUAUGCAUUGUCGCAAUCAGUAAUUAAAAUAUAAUUUCUAGCAAUUCAUGAUUUACUAAUAAUUUUCUAAAUAUUUUGUAUUGUUUGUACAUAUAAACAUUUAUUUUAUUGCCAAAGGAUAUGGCAAAGUCAGUCAUAAUUGUUGUGUGAGAAUGUACCAGAACAUUAUAUAUAUAUAUAUAUUUUUUUUUACUUGUGAUGCAUAUUGUGAUUAUUGUCUCUCAUAAACAUGAAGCCAAAUGCUUGAAAUAUGACAACGAUAAUUUGCACAAGAUUUUUGCUCUAUUCUAAUGUAUUUGUGUGUACAUCUUUGUUAUGUUAUAUGUUUUGUAAGAGAACUAUAUCUGUUUAUAUACAAAUGUUCUGCAAAAAGAGAAAAAUACAAUGCCAGCAUUUUUUGUAC